GGGCGCGGGUGUGAUCGCGCUCACGUAGUGAAGGCUGCGGUCGCCUCCUCCUCGCCGCUGCCAUAGCGGCCCAGAGGUUAUAAAAGGGCUAACUGGCUCCCUCUGCUGCCCAGUUGCGCCGCCAGCGGGCUCAGGGAAAGGACUGGGUAGCCGGCCCGAUCGCAGGCAACCGGAGACUGCACAGCGCGCUGGCCUCCCGUUCUACUUCGCAGGUGUAUGAGCCUGUAGAAUGAAAUCUUCCAAGAUGAUCUGGUGUACUUUAAUCAUUGGGAUUUUACUUCCUCAGUCUUUGGCCCAUCCAGGGUUUUUUACUUCUAUUGGUCAGAUGACAGAUUUAAUCUACAUUGAGAAAGAUCUGGUGACCUCUUUGAAAGACUAUAUUAAAGCAGAAGAGGACAAACUAGAACAAAUAAAAAAAUGGGCAGAGAAGUUAGAUCAGUUAACCAGCACAGCGACAAAAGAUCCAGAGGGAUUUGUUGGACACCCUGUGAAUGCAUUCAAGUUAAUGAAACGUCUGAACACUGAGUGGAGUGAGUUGGAGAAUCUGGUCCUUAAGGAUAUGUCAGAUGGCUUUAUCUCUAACCUAACCAUUCAGAGACAGUUCUUCCCUAAUGAUGAAGAUCAAGUUGGAGCAGCCAAAGCUUUAUUGCGUCUUCAGGACACGUACAACUUGGAGACAGAUACCAUAUCAAAAGGAAAUCUCCCAGGAGUAAAACACCGAUCUUUUCUAACAGUUGAUGACUGCUUUGAAUUGGGCAAAGUGGCCUAUACAGAAGCAGACUAUUAUCACACUGAGCUGUGGAUGGGACAAGCACUGAGGCAACUGGAUGAAGGCGAGGUUUCUCCUAUCGAUAAAGUCUCUGUUCUAGAUUAUCUAAGCUAUGCAGUCUACCAACAAGGAGACCUGGAUAAGGCACUUUUGCUCACAAAGCAACUUCUUGAACUAGAUCCUGAACAUCAGAGAGCUAAUGGCAACUUAAAAUAUUUUGAGUAUAUAAUGGCUAAGGAAAAAGAUUCCAAUAAGUCCACUUCAGAUGACCAAUCUGAUCAGAAAACACUGAAGAGAAAAGGGGGUCCAGUGGAUUACCUGCCAGAGAGACAGAAGUAUGAAAUGCUGUGCCGUGGGGAGGGUACUAAAAUGACUCCUCGGAGGCAGAAAAAGCUCUUUUGCCGCUACCAUGAUGGAAACCGGAAUCCUAAAUUUAUUCUUGCCCCAGCCAAACAGGAGGAUGAAUGGGACAAGCCACGCAUUGUGCGCUUCCAUGAUAUUAUUUCUGAUGCAGAAAUUGAAAUUGUUAAAGAUCUAGCAAAACCAAGGCUGAGGCGAGCCACCAUUUCAAACCCAAUAACAGGAGACUUGGAGACGGUACAUUACAGAAUUAGCAAAAGUGCCUGGCUCUCUGGCUAUGAAAAUCCUGUAGUGUCUCGAAUUAACAUGAGGAUACAAGAUUUAACAGGACUGGAUGUUUCCACGGCAGAGGAAUUACAGGUUGCAAAUUACGGAGUAGGAGGACAGUAUGAACCCCAUUUUGACUUUGCACGGAAAGAUGAACCAGAUGCUUUCAAAGAGUUGGGAACAGGAAACAGAAUUGCAACGUGGCUGUUUUAUAUGAGUGACGUGUCAGCAGGGGGAGCCACUGUUUUUCCUGAAGUAGGAGCUAGCGUUUGGCCCAAAAAGGGAACUGCUGUUUUCUGGUAUAAUCUGUUUGCCAGUGGAGAAGGAGAUUAUAGUACGCGGCAUGCAGCCUGUCCAGUACUAGUUGGAAACAAAUGGGUAUCCAAUAAAUGGCUCCAUGAACGUGGACAGGAGUUCCGAAGACCAUGCACCUUGUCAGAGUUGGAAUGA